AUGGUUGGGGAAUGGGCCUUCCACGUCCAGCCACACCGAAGCUGGUCACUCAGGGAAUCGACCAGCUUUGGUGGGCUGCUCCCAAGGAGACGUGAACCCGAGCACACGGAAAAGUCUAUCCUCUCGGCGCUCGACACCAUUUACGGACAUGAGCAGCUCAACUACACGACCGGCCAGCGGACUACAAGUAAUCCGGCCCCGUUCCACGGCAUUGCUCGCGCUCUUCCGCUCUGGCCAGCAUCCCCCAUGCGGCUCUUACGGGAGUGCAAGGGGGCUGGAGCCGGUCGCUAG